UCCAAAUGAGUACGAAUAGGAUUGGCUGAACAAAAUGACAGCAAAGAAGGAAGACGUACUUGGCGGAUACAAUGUAUCGUUUGUAGAUCCGCUUGAGAAAGACUACGAAUGUCCCGUUUGUCUGUUGGCUGUGAGAGAUCCAGUGCAGACGCCAUGCGGACACUCUUUCUGCAAGAAUUGUUUCGACCAAGUAGCAGAACAGCAAGGAGGAGGACACGAAGUGGAAUGUCCGUUGGAUAGGGAGAAGCUGGCUAUGUCUGAGGUCUUCAAAGAUGUGAAAGUAAGGAGGAAAGUGCUCUCUCUAAAAGUCACGUGUACUAAUAAAUCAUCAAACUCUGCCGAAGCGUGUAAAUGGAUAGGAGAACUGAAAUACCUACGGGUGAUACCCAAUGAUACGAUGAACAUAAUUGGUCAGAACACUUGCUUUAUUAUUUGUGUUAGGAUCAUCAUUACGGGUGCAGGUUUCAGAUUGUGA